CGCAUUUUUGCGACGUGUCCGGAUGUUCAGUUGUCAACAUGGCGGCGCAGCAGGGUGAUGUUGAUGAGUUGUUCGAUGUAAAAAAUGCUUACUAUAUCGGCAGUUAUCAACAGUGUAUUAAUGAGGCUCAGAAGGUGAAGCCACCAUCACCCGAGAAGGAGAUUGAAAGGGACAUGUUUUUGUACAGAGCAUAUAUUGCUCAGAGGAAGUAUGCUGUUGUCCAGGAAGACAUCAAGGCCAGCUCUCCACCUGAACUUCUGGCUGUAAAGAUGUUUGCAGAGUAUAUGUCCAAUGAAAGCAAAAGGGAUGCCAUUGUUGCUGAUUUGGAUAAGAAAAUGGCAAAGAGUGUGGAUGCUGCCAACACCACCUUCCUCCUCAUGGCCGCCUCCAUCUACUACCAUGAGUUGAACACUGAUGCUGCUCUCAGGACACUGCAUCAAGGAGAAAGCCUGGAAUGUAUGGCCAUGACCAUUCAGGUGCUUCUGAGCCUGGAUCGUGUUGAUCUGGCAAGGAAAGAGCUCAAGAAGAUGCAGGAGCAAGAUGAAGAUGCCACUCUGACCCAGCUGGCCACAGCCUGGGUUAAUAUCGCUGUGGGUGGAGAGAAGCUGCAGGAUGCCUACUACAUUUUCCAGGAGAUGUCUGACAAGUACUCGUCUACACUGUUACUUCUUAAUGGGCAGGCGGCCUGCUACAUGGCCCAGAACAAGUGGGAGGAAGCUGAAGGAGUGCUGCAGGAAGCACUGGAUAAGGACAGCAGCCACCCUGAGACGCUCAUCAACCUCAUCGUGCUGACCCAGCAUCUGGGCAAAGCUCCCGAGGUCACCAAUCGGUAUCUGUCCCAGCUGAAAGAUGCACACAGAAACCACCCAUUCCUUAAAGACUAUUUAACAAAGGAGAAUGAGUUUGACAGACUAGUGAUGCAGUACGCUCCCACAGCUACAGCAUGAAGCAUGUGCUUUUACUAAAGCACCUCCACAGUGGACUUCUUUUUCUUUCUCUCCUACUCAUACCUGUAUUUGUUUUGAUAUUUUUACUUGGCAGCAUUGGCUGUAUAAUUUAAUCCUCACUAGAAAUCCUAAUUUUGAUUUUUUUUGGGGGGGGGUGAUAAAUCUCUGUCUUGGUAUCAAUUACAUAUAAAUUUACAUUUCUCUGAUAUCAUUUCUUUGUAAUGCAAACAUUCCUCCGAGGUGAUAAUAAAUGUGUAAAAACCU